CCUCGCCUCAGCCAAUGUAGCAUCACCCAUCAAUCAUCAGGGCGGGAUGGGAGUAAUACCAGAGCAGUAUAAGCUGUAGAUAGUCCCUACCCAUACAGUACCGUGGACCCCCCGAUGGGUUGAAACGUCAGACCCGACAACCUCCCCUUCCCCCCUGAAGGGAGCACGCUCAAAAACUCCAAUCCACUUACCUGCCAGAACCCUCUGUAAAUGGCUUCGAGAACACACGUCCACCUGGAGAAGACGAAGACUGCUCGAUCCCUUUCUCCGGAAGAACGCCGUCGCGGAUGCAAAUGGGCCCUUUGGCAAUAUGCACUUGCAAUCGCGCCUGUCCGUGCUUCACCUGAAGUGGAAGCAGCUGCCAACCCUCCAUAAGAUCCUCUCGGUUGCUGUGCUGUCCUUGCUGCUGAUCGUGACGUUGCUGCAACCGAGCCCGGCAGUCGCCCGUGAUGGCUGGGACCGUCUCACGCGUCCCAAGAACCAGCCUCUGGCAGGCGGAAUCCCUCUACGUGUCAUGUUUAUCGGCGCCUCCAUGACCCUUGGCGAGCAUUCGACCGGCAACUUGGGCUACCGAAAGCAAGUCCGAGAUUGGCUCGUCUCUCGGGGGAAUCCCGUUAAUUACGUCGGCCAGAACCGAUAUGGCGACUUCAAGGACAAUGACGUCCAGGCCUUUGGCGCCCAACCUAUAAAGCCAACUCUCGACCGCCUCAAAGAGGUUGUCCCACAGGUACAACCGAACCUGUUCCUCAUCAAUGCCGGCUCGAGCGACUGCUUCCAGCUGGACCAUUGGGGGCCGGCAUACAUCCUCCAGGCCAUGCGCGCCCUGGUCGACUUUCUGUUCGAGGCCUCGCCGCAGGCCACCGUAAUCAUGUCGACCAUCAUUACAAGCCCGCGCGACGUCACGGAGCGCUGUGUAAAGAGCGCCAACGCUCAGAUUCGACAGGUGGCUACCGACCUGAUCCGUGAGGGUAAGCCGGUGACCAUGGCAGAAAUGCAUUACGACCAGGGCCUACCGAACCGCGUCCUGGUCGAGGACAUCGGGCCCGACGUCAUGCACCCUACCGACGCGGGGUACUUCAAGAUGGGCGACAUCUUCAUCGAGCACAUCAUCGAAGUUGAGAAAAAGGGCUGGCUCAAGCCGCCGGUGGACAACGGUGUGCCGGCGGACGGCGAGGCCGCGAGGGACGCCGAGGACGCGAUCCACGCAGCGGAGGAGAAGGCGAAGGCGGAGGGCAAAGGCCAAGAGGACCCGGGACAUCGAGACUCCGAUAGGAACGUUCACGAGCGGGAGAGGCGAUCAUUCGGCAGACGACACGGCGCUGUGUAAGCCUACUCGCUUCUACGAGAGCAGCAUUAUCUAUUAUAAUUCGAAUCCAUCCAGGAAAUAAUUAAUCCACCUGUCCAACUCAAGAGUUGCAUGGGAUGCCUAUAGUCGCCAAAGUGUAAGGCCGAUCCUUAUACCACAAACCGUCGGCACAUUCAUCUCGCACGUGGCCGGGCCGGAUCGUAUUCAUGAUGACGUCUUUUAACGCCAUUCCGUAAGGCUCGCUAAGUCCGUGAUACCGGGUCACCGGACGUAGUAUAGACCCACCACCGUGAGCAAUUCGGGUUCCCGCCCAACUCCCGCUUCCCAGGAACGAAGUCCCGUGACGAGUGCGACCACCGCGCAGCUGACGAGCUUCCUAAGGCACUUGUUUGGAUGCUUGGCUACAGGCAGUGGAUUUGUUAAUUAAAUCUGCGGCUCAUUAGGAUAAAUACGCAGUUAUAUUGCGUGUCUUCCCAUUUCUCACGUAGGUAGGAGAUCAGUAGGUUGCUUAACGAAGGAUAGGUUCGAUUC